CAAAACCAAGAAGCAACCUUUUAUUACUUUAUGACUCAAUCCUUGUAUUUCACUCCUCAUCUCUUCUUUCUCUUCCAUACCACACUACUCCCCCUUUCUGUUUUCUCUUUUGAGGGUUUGAGGAAACUGCUAAAGAGAUCAUCCAUUCAUGGAGAAUUCAAGUUCAACAAGGUCAUUUCAAGAACACUUCAACUUCCCAUCAUCUCCUUUAAACUCCCCACACAACAACAACAAUGGGGCUGCCCAAAUUCACACCCCACCGUUAACGCCACACCCGACCAGAUCUGAAACCAAUCCUUACCCAACAACCUUUGUCCAAGCUGACACAACAACUUUCAAACAAGUUGUCCAAAUGCUCACUGGUUCCUCAGAAACUGCUAAACAAGCUUCCCCAAAAGCCCCAUCACCACCCCAGCAAAAACAGGAUCCACCACCACCAUUGCUUUCAAAAUCAUCUUUCCCUAUACCUCCCAUGAAAACAAACUCUCCCAGAAAACAAAGUUUCAAACUUUAUGAGAGGAGAAACAGUAACCUCAAGAACAGCCUCAUGAUGAUCAACACCUUUGUGCCUUCUAGGAGUGCAGAGAUGCUGUCCCCAAGCUUGCUUGACUUCCCAAAGCUAACACUUAGCCCGGUUACACCAUUAAAUGAAGACACUUUCAACAAGUCUUCACCUUCUUUAGGGAAUUCAUCAGAAGAAGAGAAAGCUAUAGCUGAGAAAGGCUUUUAUUUGCACCCAUCACCUAUGUCUACUCCUAGAGACACCGAGCCUCAGCUUUUGCCAUUGUUUCCACUCACAUCACCAAGAGUUUCAGGUUCUUCUUAAUGAAUUGCUUUUUGUAAUUUUUGAGUGAUUUGUGAUGAUGGGUAUUGGCUAAAAUUGAAGAAGAAAAAACACAAAGGUAAAACAUCUUUCUUCAGUUGUAUGAUUUGAUCUAUGGUAAACCAAUUUUCUUGGAUUA